GAGGGGCGGGGGGACUCACGUUUCGCUGACAUCACGGCGGUGCGGAGCAGCCGGGGGCCAGCAGCCCCGCGCCACGGCCGCUGCGCACCCCCGGCCCCCCGGAACAGCCGCUCCCCGGCGCCGGCACCUCCGGCCAGGAUGGCUCCUCGGAUCUAGCCAGGGAGGCCAGAGCAGUGCUGGAGAUCCCUGUCCAAGUGACAGUGGGACCAGGAUAGAGGAGCUGCCGCAAGGAUGUCUGAAGCCAAGACCCUGAGCUCCUCUUGCCUCGUGCUUUCCUUGCUCUCCUUGCACUGGGCUGUGCUCCAGCUGGGCCAGGCUUUUCCCAGCACCUCCGACUACCUCCAGCGGGGCUGGCAGCGGCUGCUGGAAGAAGGGGAGGGCUGCGCUGAGUGCCAGCCAGAGGACUGCCCAGCACCACGUGGGUGUCUUGCUGGCACAGUGCGUGACGCCUGUGAUUGCUGCUGGGAGUGUGCCAACCUGGAGGGACAGAUCUGUGACCUGGACAACACCAACCACUUCUAUGGCAAGUGUGGGGAACACCUGGAGUGCCGGCUGGACACCGGGGACCUGCGGCACGGAGAGGUGCCAGAGCCCCAGUGUGCCUGCCUCUCCCACCUGGCCCUCUGUGGCUCCGAUGGUAAAACCUACGCCCAGAUCUGCAGGUUCCUGGAGGUUGCCCGUGCCCACCCUGAUGCCAAUCUCACCGUGGCCCAUGAGGGUCCCUGCGAGUCAGAGCCCCAGAUUACCUCUCCUCCCUAUGACACAUGGAACAUCACUGGGCAGGACGUCAUCUUUGGCUGUGAGGUCUUUGCCUACCCCAUGGCAUCCAUCGAGUGGAGGAAGGAUGGCAUGGAGAUGCUGCUGCCUGGAGAUGACCCCCACAUCUCUGUUCAGUUCAGAGGUGGUCCCCAGAAAUACGAAGUGACGGGCUGGCUCCAGAUCCAGGGUGUGCGGGUGACAGACGAAGGCACCUACCGGUGUUUUGCCAGGAACAGGGUCGGGGAGGUGGUGGCAUUAGCCAGCCUGACAGUCUUCACGCCAGACCAGCUCAACCUGACAGGCUUUUCCCUGCCGAAGCCCCGCACGACGCCUGAGGACUACGAGGAAAGCGAGGAGGACUAUUACUAGCCUGGAGAUGGGAUGUCUGGCUGCAGAGAUCACCUUGGCCAUAGUGGCUGUUCCCAGGGGUCAGGGACAUCUCCAGAGCAAGCACCCCCCAGCCCAAAACUCCUUUUCUGAACAGUCCUGGCACAGCAGCCUCUUUUUGGGGUGGGAGAUGGGGUGACACAUCCCUCUGCUGGGUUGCUGGGGGUGGGGGGAUGCUGGGUGGUUGGUGGCACAAGACUGAGACCAAGGGUGGCUCUGCCUGGGGCAGGGAGAGCGGGACGUGGUGGCAGGUGGGACAUUGCGGAGACAGCCACACUGUGUGUGACAAAGACUUGGUGCUGGGGGUGGAGGCAGCGCCCCCCGGGAGAAGGAGGCCAGGGCAGAGGCAUCUCUACCCUGUGUGAAGUGUUUUGGGGAAGCCAGAGCGUAGGGCUGGGACCUGGCUGUGACAGCCAGUGCAUCACCCCCGGGGCUGAUCUGUGUCUCCCAAGCACAGGGAGAGCCAGGCUUCUCCCCAGGACCCGGGGAACCUGCUGCCAAAACAUCCUUCUCUUCUGUUUUGUUUUUAACCAGAAAAGUAGUGAUUUGAGGAAACCAGACACCUGUGGUCUUCAGUACUGUCUUUUCUCUGGCCCAACCACCCAUGUGGUCAGAAACACUCUGGCCUUUUUCAGCCAACAUUGUGCUUUUCCUUCCAUGGAGCUCUUUACUUUGCCAUUUCAGCUGUUAGUUAAAAUAUACAUGUAGGUCAAAGCCAA